AUGGCCGGUCUCAACUUUGUGACCUUCAACCAAGACCACAGCCUCUUGGCUGUCGCGACCACACGAGGACUACGAGUCUACAGCACAGACCCGUUCGAGCUCACAAACCAUUCCUAUGAAGAGGACAUAUCGCUGGUGGAACAGCUCUUCUCCACCUCGCUGGUGGCUAUGAUCCUGACUCCACGACUCUUGCGCAUAGUCAAUACCAAGCGAAAGCAGAAACAUUCGACAAUAUGCGAGCUCACAUUCCAUGGCAUGGUCGUUGCCGUCAAGAUGAACAGGAAGAGGCUGGUGGUCAUGCUGGAGGAGGUCGCGUUUAUAUAUGAUAUCAGCAACAUGAAGAUGCUACACCAGCAGAUGACACCCUUGAAUCCGGGAGGCAUUUGUGCAAUCUCGCCGAACUCAGAGAACAACUACAUGGCCAUACCGCACUACCAAAAGACGCCGCAGAACCCCGCCACACAGCCGUCGCAUGUGCCCAAAUCAAUAGUGAAGGAGUCGAUUAGUGGAGAUGUGCUAUUAUACGACCUCAACAGGAUGGAGGAAGUCACAGUCAUCCAAGCGCACCAGGCGCCUCUGUCAUACAUUGCGAUCAACAACGAUGGUACACUCAUGGCGACAUCCUCGGAGAAGGGCACGAUUAUUCGAGUCUUCUCAAUACCAGAUGCCAAGAAGCUAUACCAGUUCCGAAGAGGCAGCAUACCAGCACGAAUAUAUUGCAUGAGCUUCAAUGCCACCUCCACACUACUUUGCGUAUCAUCCGCAACCGAGACCGUGCACGUGUUCAAGCUUGCACCACCUUCGGCCAAUCCGAAUAGUAACGGGCGAAGGUUGAGCUCCCCGUCGACAUCGCCACGCCACGCCUCAUUCUCUCGAGACCGAAGCGAGAGCCCUUCGUAUUCUGAAGAUCAAGAUGCCCUGGACGGCGACCCAGUAGCUCUAUCCAAUGCCCCACAACCACGUCAGGCUGGAUUCAUGUCUUUGGUGAGGAGGACAUCGCAGAAUGUGUCGACUUCGCUCGUAUCAAGGGCCGCUGGAUACUUACCAUCUUCCGUUACUGAAAUGUGGGAACCACAGCGAGACUUCGCCUGGGUGAGGGUGCCUCGCGGUUCAAACGGACAGCCUGUGAGAGCUGUCGUGGCAAUGGCGAACAACGUUCCCCACGUCAUGGUCGCCACCAAUGAGGGCGAUUUCUACGUGUACAGCGUGGAUUUGGAAAGGGGUGGCGAGGGAACUUUGGUGAAGCGAUUUGAUGAGAUCCACGGUCUCAAAUACCGGAAGGGCCAGGACGGUGAUGAUUAGGAAUCUGACUGAAAGGCCCACCGGGAUGAAGCUUUUCGCCAUCACGGCGACGUUGUAGCGAGCAUUACAAAGGCCCUGCUGCGUCUGAACCUCAUUGGGUCGACUGCUUGCUGGCCAACACGAUCUCGAGCCGUUUACCAAAGACUGCGCAAUGACAGUCGUUUAGCGAUCUGAAUUGCAUUGAGACUCUCCUUUCUGAACUUCACACCAGUUUUGCAUUCACGAUCUGGAUACGGGAAAAGGCGAGCGGAAUGUUUGUGGACCAAUCUUAAUCACGAUGCUAUGCAAUGCAGCGUUCAUAGCGGCGGCGUCAGGUUCGGAGCAUUACCAUUCUGCAGACUCAGAAGGCGGCAAGAAGUUACGACUCGUUUUGUUUACCUCAGAAAAGCGCCUACUCUCGAAAUGCCAUAUGUCUCAAAGUAGCAUUUCAUCAUAGCGUAUGGAUAUUCGUAUCAGGUGCAAGAUCUCAAUUCGGAGCGAAAGCAAAUGAGGUUCCACUUC